AUGGCAUCCCUGGCUGCAUUUUCAACACCAUCAAUGCCGUUGCCAUGGAGAGCUCUAGCGAAAAUGGCUGGUCAGAGUGCAGAAGAUAUGUCCAAACCUAUUGCCUUUGUCGAGGACCCCACAACAGACACCCAGGCAUGGGUGUACAGAGAACUGCAGCAGAAGCGUGUCAUUGUUGCAUUUCGAGGAACAGAGCAGGUCAAAUGGAAGGAUCUUCUCACAGACCUCAACUUCCAGCCUGUGAGCUUUAAUGCUGAGCGAACAGAUGCCAUGCGUCCACUGACGCUUCGGCUGUUCGACCAAGCGUCCAAAUCACUGCAGGUCCAUAAAGGGUUUUUGGAUGCCUACGAUUCAAUUCGCACGAGGAUCUUCAGCAUCGUUGAUGCAGUAACAGAGCGUGAUGCACAGUGGAGUAUUGCAUGCACUGGCCAUUCUUUGGGUGGAGCUCUUGCAACAUUGUGUGCAUAUGAGCUCGCGACGAGACGGCCAGCUAAGUCUGGACGUGACCCGAAAGUUGAAAUGUACAACUUCGGCUCCCCACGUGUUGGGAACAGAGCUUUCGCCGAUGCAUACAAUGCUGUUGUUUCCGAAUCGUGGCGCAUCACGAGCAGUCGCGAUGCCAUACCCACAGUACCCAGACUGGCGGGCUACAAGCAUGUAGAAAACACGGUGAUCUUGACGGGUACUGGACUCAACUUUGAGAACACUCCAAGGGACUUGUGGGAAGGACGCGUGAUGAGGGAGGUAGUGGAGGAAAUUUCUGAAAAGGUGUCGAGAAACCAGCAACCCAUUCAGGAAAUUGCAGACGAGGUUCUUGCCAAUGAAAAAGAGCUCUUGGAUUUGGUUCUGGAUGGAAGCGGCCUGGAGCAGCACAUGGAAGACUGCUACUUGGCUUGCUUAGAAGGCUGUGUGAAAAGGAUGGUCUAA